AUGACCACACGCAGCUUGACCCUUGCCGGCCUUCUGGCGGCGGCUCGUGCAUCCGCCCACAUGUCAGUUUUCGUGCAGCACGACGCCAUGUAUCUACUGCCAGCAUCUCGUGGCCUACCAUGCUCGAAUGAUGGCGGAACGAGCUGUCCAAAGGCCGGAGACAUCGCGUCGGCUGGCUGUCAGCCAUACCUGCUGUCCUACAAUGGAUUGGUGUGCGUUGCUCCUGUCGACGCUCAGUGCGUUGAGGUGGUCGACGAUACGUGGGCGUGCACGUUUCCUCAGACGGCGUCCACUUCUGUCAACGAGGCUAACACCAUCGCAGCGUACAGUGACGACGAUGGUGACGAUGACGAGGCACUUAGUAAGGUGCUCCGUGUUCUUUGCGAUGUCACUUCGGGUAAAGGUACCUAUCAGACAACGGCAUACGACUGCGAAAGGAUCGCGAGUGCUACAGCAUACCCUAGUAACUAUGCAGCUGCUAAAGACAGCGGUGGCUUCUCAGCUGACGAGGUUUAUCCGGCUGACAUAGACGACUUGAUCGAAGACGUCGACUCAAUUGAUGAGACCUACCCUACUCACCAUGUCAACGAUGGCUUCCAACCCUAUAUUCCAUCAAUUCGACCUGAUGCUUACGAUCUCAAGGGAGGACUGCCCCUGGUCGACCCGAUACAAAUGAUCCCUGAUGCUUUCACAGGUGUACCUGAUUCGUAUUUGACAGUGAUUCCUGACAUUUUGACACGGAUCCCCGAUGUCCUGACGGUGGUCCCCGAUAUUUUGACACGGAUCCCCGAUGUCCUGACGGCGAUCCCUGAUAUAUUGCCUGUCAUUCCUGAUAUUCCCAUCCCCACGGUGGUCACGGACAUAGUGCCGGUAGUUUCAGACAUCCUCACGGCUGCGCCCGACAUCUUUACGCUGGCACCUACCAUUCCGGUGAUACCGAUCGUUGCGCCAGCGCCUUUGGCACCAAUUACCUUCCCACGCUUCCCGAGACGCAUGAGGUCCUUGAGUGAAUAG